AUGUUUGAUAAGAUGAGAGAGUUGUACAUCAGCGUCGAUGACAUUGACCUUUACGUGGGCGGAAUGAUGGAGACAACGAGAAACGGACCCGGACCGCUGUUCAGGGCAAUCAUACGCGACCAGUUCUACAGGAUCAGGGACGGAGACCGGUUUUGGUUCGAAAAUAAAAAGAACAAGUUAUUUACCGCUGAUGAGAUCAAUACGAUUAGGAAUACCAGGCUGCGUGACGUCAUUCUAGCAGCGACCCCUAUCGGGCACGAUGAGAUUCAGGAUGACGUUCUAUUCUGGCAGGACGGUGAUAUGAAGGGUUGCCCUCAGCCGAAGCAACUGACAGAGGAAGACAUGGAACCGUGUACUGGUCGAACAACCCACGACAACUUCGAUGGAAACGAGGCUUCGUACAUAAUUUCCUGUAUUAUCCUCGGAAUAAUACCAAUAAUAUGCGGCGUGGCGGCGUACAUAGUCGUCAAGUACAGGGUGGAGAAGACGGCCACGAUAAAGAAGGACGCGCAGCAGAAGCCAGCAGCGAGGACUACGGCCGAGGAGAGAGCAGCAGAGUGCAUGUCGGACGUGUCUACGGACAAGUUUAAGUGCCGAGAGUGGCUCAGCAGCUUUUACGACCGCAAGGUGACGCUCCGGCUCGGUCCGGGAGAGAGCUUCUUCGUGCUGAACAGAAAGUGCGAGCGUCUGCGUCAGAUCAACCUUAACAACGCCUACAACAUCAUACUCGAAAUCAACGUCGACACGCAGGACCAGGUCGUCACCCUCGUCCGCCUACCACGUGAUCACGAUCUGGUGCUGCUGUUCAGCGGCGAGCGCAAGCGCAAGGUCUUUCUCUCGCACUUCAACGAGUACCUGAAGCGACAGGGCAAGUCGAUGGAGGUGCUGCAGUCGGAGCUGCAUCGCAUCUACGACACGGCCGAGACGAAGGAUAAGCGAGUGAAGCGUCUAGAGUGCUUCUUCAGGGAGGCGUACGCUAGGGCGAUGGGCAUCAAAAUGAACGCGUCCGUUCCCAUUGACCCCGUCGCCGAAGAUGACGUCAUGCGAACGGAAGUGACGAAGUCGGAGUUUGCAGAUGCGCUGGGCAUGAAAUCGAACUCGCUGUUCGUCGAACGAAUCUUUGCCGUCACGGACAAAGAUGGCAACGGACAGAUCAGCUUUCAGGAGUUUCUCGACAUGGUCGUGUUGUUUACUAAAGGAACGCCGUUAAACAAACUCCGAAUAUUAUUUGACAUGUUUGACGUUUCGAGGGACGGAAAACUCGGCCGUAAGGAAUUCGCCGAAAUGAUCAGGUCGUUAGUUCAGUCGACGCAAACGCAGUUCGCACGCAGGGACGACGCCGACCACCUCAUCGACACCAUGAUGACGUCAGCCGGGCUCGGUGAACAAGCGGAACUGACGUUCGACGAGUUCCGGUGCCUGCUUCAUCAACACGGGAAACACUUAGGGCAAAUCGGGUUACAUCUGAAAGGUACAAAGCAAGUUUUUGUAAUGAAGAAGCUAGGAACGAGGACUGAUAGCUUUAAAAUCGAGGACGGCAACGUGUUUCACGUCGAAGUGAAACGAUCGUUGAUCAAGAAGAAGUGGAAUGCCUUCAUCACGUUCAUGGAGGACAACAGGCAGAAGGUGUUCUACCUGACGCUAUUCUACUGCAUCUGCCUGGCUCUGUUCGCAGAACGCUACGCACAUUACUGCGUGCUGUCGGAGAACAACGACCUGCGGCGCGUCAUGGGUCACGGCAUCUGUGUGACCCGCGGUGCCGCUCACGUCAUGUCGUUCACCUUCUCGCUGCUGCUGCUCACCGUCUGCCGACACAUCAUUACGGCACUGCGCGACACCGUCAUCAAUCAGUACAUCCCGUUAGACUCGGCCCUCGAGUUUCACAAGAUCGUCGCCUGCACGUCGGCAUUUUUCACAGCCGUUCACUCUGUCGGUCACAUCAUCAACAUGUAUCACGUGACCACGCAGCCGAUCGAACAUCUGAUGUGCCUGUUCAAGGAAAUCACGUUUCCCUCGACGUUUCAACCAAACUUCGUAUACUUCCUGUAUAAGACAGUCACAGGUCUUACUGGUCUCAUACUCGUCGCUAUCUGCUACAUACUGUUUUAUCUUCGCCACGCCCGUCGUACGUCUGCGCGCCUUCAAGGCGUUCUGGCUGACGCAUCACCUGUACAUACCGAUAUACGUUCUCAUGAUCGUGCACGGAUCAGCAAAGAUGCUGGAGCGACCUCUAAUUUUACUACUACGCUCCUCGUCGCGGCGCAUCUUGUUCGUCUUAGAUCAAUUAAUCCACAUGGGGACGGCAGGAAGCUUCGCAGUAACCGCUCCGCUGAGCAGCUGGCUACGCCUCUGCUGUCGGCGGUGCGCCCGACGAGUUCGCCACUCGUUUGCAAGCGAAUCGACGUCUGGCCGCACCGAGACCCGCUGCUCUCCGUGCAGCGUGAAGCGCGCUCGGACGCAUGCGACGUGGAAGCUGGGCGAAAGUUCCGGUCGAUCCGCAGGGACGCUGACGUCAUGAACGUAUCCAGCACGGUGAACAUCUUCGUCAGCCAGUACUCUCCACACGUUCGAUCUGAGAACGAUGAUGGGCUGCCGACUUUUGAACAGAUAUUCAAGUUCGUGCGCGAGCCUAGCACGCUGGCCGGAGAUGAAACCACAGAUGCGUGUCUAGCUCGCGGUCCACCGAUACUGGACGGGCACGGCACCGACCGGCGCAUGGCGCCAUCGUCAACCGGACAGACGAGACAGCUGCCCAUGUUUCUGCACUUCUGA